AUGAUUACUCUCGAUGAUUCGAAGCGCAAUAUGCGGCUGUUGUGGCUGCGUUUUGGUGCUUUUGUCGCGCUAUUCAUUCUAAUCAUGUCAUAUCUGUCCACGUUGCCUAUACGAGAGUACAUGGAGAUUACAAGUGCGUGGGUGAGACUACAUCCUGUUUUAGGCGCUCUGUGCUCUAUUCUGGUCUUUUGGGUGGCCGUUCCACUCUGCCUACCUGCCACGGUGUUCGAAAUGAUUGCUGGCUCUUUGUUUGGUGUCCCUCUUGCUGUUAUGAUUAUCAUAGUGGGCAAGACUGGUGGAUCUACACUCGCGUUUCUAUUGGGACGUUCGAUGGGCAAGCAAUUAAUUGGCGAUUACUUUCGCCAUAAGUUUCCAACCUUUCGAGCUUUCGCCGAGGUGCUUAGUAGUCCGAGUUGGAAACCUGUACUGCUUUACCAGUUAUCCAGUAUCCCAAAUCUUGUGAAAAUUUACAGUCUAGCAAUUACCCACGUGUCGAUAACUCGGUUUGCCGUUUCGUCGGCGAUAGGAACUACUCCUCACGCCAUAUUAUGGGCAUAUAUUGGUGAACAAGCGACUGAUAUUGCUGCGAUUCUUAUGGGUGAGGCCAAGGUUACUACAAGUCGAAUGGUCGUAGCUGCCACGGGCCUUUCGCUUACUGUGCUGGCCAUCACUUUUCUCGUCGUAUACACAAAGCGGCAGCUAGAAGAACUCAAAAAGCGAGAGUGUCGCAGUAGCAGCGAAGAGGGACUAUUGCUUUCUAUAGACAUCGACACUACGAAUUCAGCCCAAAGCACAACGCAGUGUGUUAGCUUAAUCACACCUACUCGUUUGUUAGGUAGCUAG